UCAUGGGAAGUUGGUGUAAUUCCCCCAGUAUAAUAAGAAGGUGUUGGGCUGAGACUAGGGUUUCAUACGUUAUCCAUUUGCAACCCCGUUCGCGCUUUUCUCCUUGGCCUCCACGACCUUCUCUCUCUCUCUCUCUCCCACUCCAGAGCUUGUCAAAAGAUGAAUGUAGAGAAGCUUAUGAAGAUGGCCGGUGCGGUCCGCACCGGUGGGAAGGGUAGCAUGAGAAGGAAGAAGAAGGCCGUCCACAAGACAACCACUACAGAUGACAAAAGGCUCCAAAGUACACUGAAGAGAAUAGGAGUGAAUGCCAUACCAGCAAUUGAAGAAGUCAAUAUAUUCAAGGAUGACGUAGUUAUUCAAUUCACAAACCCCAAAGUUCAAGCUUCUAUUGCUGCUAACACUUGGGUUGUUAGUGGGUCUCCUCAAACAAAGAAGUUGCAAGAUAUUCUUCCUGGAAUUAUUAACCAAUUGGGGCCAGAUAACUUGGACAACUUGAGAAAGCUGGCAGAGCAGUUUCAGAAGCAGGUGCCUGGUGGUGGUGCAACUACGAUACAAGAAGAGGAUGAUGAUGAGGUCCCUGAACUUGUUCCUGGUGAGACCUUUGAAGCUGCUGCAGAAGAGGGCCAUACCCAUACUUCUUAGAGAGCUAGAUAUGUGUUUUGUGCAAUUUCUUUUUAUUUUGCCGUGUUCUGGAUCUGUUGUUUCUUUUUCUUUCUUUUUCUUUUUUUUUUUUGGUUUGAAGGCUAAAGUGAUCCAUUCGAUGUUUAUUGUGACAUACUAAGUUGGAUCGUUUGAUUGGUUAAAAACUCUGCCUUCUGAAAAAAUCAACUGUUUUUUGGCUA